CCGAGCGCGCAGCCGGGCCGCCGCCGCCGCCGCCUCGCAGAUGCCAUCACAGCAACAAAGAGCUGGCUGAGCUGAGAGCAGCGGCGGGAGCUGGCCUGGAAGCCACGGCGCGGGCUCGCGGAGCUAGGCGGCAGCGGGAGAAGGCGCGUGGGGGGUCUGGGGGAGGGGAGGGGACAGAAGAUGGCCAAGAAGAGAAAGCCCCCCAGCAUCAAGGGUGAGUGCUGCUCCAUUCCCGCCUCGCUGCAUCCCACCUCCCACCCAUCCGCCCCUCGGGCCAGCUUGUUUACAUCCAGGCUAGACCAAGCGGAAGGCUGCCUGCGGGGAAGAGUUUGCCUUCUCCGGGAGGUGGGGCCACCUCGGCGCUGCUGCACCUCCCUUUGCCUCCGGGGAGACUCUGACAGGAGUUUGUCCCUUUUUUGUUACCUGGAGACUCUUUCUCUCACCCCACCCCUUUCCUACUCCACGAGCUUGGAUAUCUGUUGCACCUCCCCCCAGCCCCCUUCUCCCGUCCCCCCCCGCAGGGCAGUGCGGAGGGAAGCGACUCUUGCCUCCUAGUGUCUCAUCCUUUUUGGAAUCAGGCUGUGUGCGCGCCUGUGUGUGAGAGAGAGGAGAGUUUUUCCUGGUCUCUUCUAUUCCCUCCUCCCAAUCUUCCCCCUCCCUCCGCCUCUUUAUCCCUAGGCUGACAAGUUCUGCAUCCAUUUUCCCAACCUCCAUUCUCAGGAGGAGAUAGGAGCUGUCGGGCUCUCCUUUUCUCCGAUCGCCAAGAGGACUUGCUGCCGGCCGGGUCCAUGCAGGCUGUUUCCCCAUUCCCGACCUGCGAAGGCGGGCAGUGACUCCAGAUGAGCAGUCCCCGCUGCUCCUUUGGAACCAAGGGCUUCCAAAGUUGGAAAGUUCAGGAGGGGGAGACGCAGUGGCAGGGAGGACAAGGAAGAGCUUGUGGCUGGGGUGACUUGAGGCAUCGCUGCGUGGUCCGGAGCUAGUCUAGGAGGGAGCCUCCUGGGCGGCCUGGAGCUUAGGGGCGUCCCUAGGACGCGCAGAGCUGGGCGCGCGGGGAGCAGGUGCACCGGCCGCUGGCGCCUGCAGCGUGGACUCGCAGAGGUCGCGGCUCGCAGGCUCCCGCGCUCCCGCUGGGAAACAGCGGUGGCCAAGAGGCAGUCCGCAGCGCUGCGCAGGGAUGGGAGCCGACCCCACGCCGCGCGCCGGCAGGAACGCUGAGCGCCCGGAAUGGGACCCGAGCCUUGUGGAGAGGAGGAGGGGGCAGCGUUUGAAGUUGGAUUUGGACCCAAUGGGCCUAACGGUCCCGGAGGCGAAGACUCCUUGCACCUUGUGGUUAUGUAAAAUAGGACCAGGACUCUGAGAUGGGAGGGGGUGCAUAAUUGAAUAUAUCAGCUUGGUUUACAGAAGCGCGCUUGGCUUUGGCGUGCUUGCUUUUUUCCCCAAGUCCUGCUUGUGGGAGCUGAGCUCCACUCUAGAGGUCACUAGGGGGACACAACUUUAUCUCGGUGCUUCCGCUUGCUUUUUAAUUUCUCUGGGGUACUCAAAUCACUUAUUGGAAAGGGUUGAACACCAUGAUUCUUAAUCUUUUGGAGACGUUACUACAAAACACCUGAGAUCUUCUGUUUGAAACUGUCAUAUAUGUAUAAUAAUUUUAUUGUAAUGUACUUCCUUAAAAAUAUUACAGUUCCUAUAAAUUAGAAGAGGCUUUAAACCUAAUUUUUUCCCUCUCAAUGAAUUAGUACCUGUUUAUAGUGGUAGACUGCUAGAGAAAGAAGGAGAAAAUAGAUUCAUCUACCAACAGCUUCCUCGCUAUAAUAUCAAAGAAUUAGUCUAAACCGAGAUUGGCAAGGUGCAUUAGCUGCACUUUUGGUUCGCUCCUUUUUUGUGGAACCAUAUGGCACGAUGAGCGAAACAGAAGGAUUGGUUUUCAGCACUGCUGAUGUGGCUAUCCAUUGGCAGGAAUACACUUCAUACCCACCCCAAACCUUGCAGAUUGUAAAUGGUCCGUGCAGAGUGGAAAAAAUUUUACAGUUUUACAGUACACGCUAGCUGGAGACAGUCUUACCCUUGAAAUUAAUCUUGGCAGAAGCACAGAAAGAGACAAAUGAGACCAAAUUAAUGAGAAGUGAACUAGCAUAGGAGGUUUGAUGAAAAAGACACCUCCUCUUUACUCCCUUAAAAAACACCAAGAAGUUUUUGUUUUGUAUGCCACAACGGGAUUGUGGAUAUGUAUUUUCUUAAAUUUGAUAGUGAAAUAAUUGAAGAAUGGUAGUUAAUAGAGUUUUGUCAUUUAAAUGUUAACAGUUCCUCUGGAAGAGUUAAUAAUCAAGCUUUCCUAGGACACGUGGUCUCAAGAAAUUUCAUUUUAGUUCUUUCAAAAUAAGGUUUUCUCAUGCUACAUGUUUUUCUUAAAGGGAAAGUUAUAUUAUUUAGCUCUUACUGACUUAUGUAUUUUCUCUCUCUAUUUACAAAUGUUCAGUUUGUUUAAGCAGUUUAUGUAAUAUUUCUUGGAAGGAAUGGUAUCUAUUUUUUAAUCCUUGUAGUUUCACUUUAGCAAAGCAGGAUUACUUGUGAUAUUUUACAGAUAACAAAAGCAAACUCAAGAAGUAGUAUUCCAUUGACUUGCCUCAAUUCUGCCUUUUAAAGGGAGAGCUCUACAAAAUCAUCUGACUGCAGGCUGACUGAACUGCUCUCAGACAUCUGCUCCUAAGCUGCUACCAACUAGACUGGGACCGCUUGGUAGAAAACCAAAUUGCUAAAUUGCUAAGCUAUUUUUUCUUUUUGGCAGGCUGCUAGGCUGAACUUUGCUGGAUAAUAAACUAUAGGUUUAGCAAUAUUCCGCGCUGUGGUGGUUAUCCUCUUACGAGAACCUCUGCUCUGCUUAGCUACACAGCGUGUGGGGAGAGAUCAUUCGUUGGAGCAUGUGACAGGCAAGUUGCUCAUUGGCUUCUGAAGUCCUAGCAGCAGAGACUACAGACCUACAACAGCUAGAAAUUGGCCAAAGGGAGAUGCAGUUUCUUAACAUGGACAGAAGAGUAAGAUGAGUUGGCAGUGUUUCUCAAGGGUUACUAGCAUUCAUUUGUGACACCACAUCGAAAGGACAGCUCUUCAAAGUUAAAUGGAAUAUUUAUCAAUCCAAUGUUUAUAAUAUUUUCACGAAAAAAUGCUGUAGUCCAUGAUCAAUAAGUUAGUUACGUUAACUAUAGUGAUGUAAUCCCCCCGCCCCCCCCCCCCCACUUUUCCAAUACUAUUACAACAAGGAUUUCUUACUCACUUAAGUUUAAAGGUUAAGUUGUGCUUGGAUUCAUUUAUUUAUGCAUUCAUUCAGCACACCAGGUUAUGUGCAGUGCAGUAGGGAUGCAGUGAUGAAUAAGAUAGAUGAUAAGGGUGCAUUAGGAGGGAACCUGGGAAGAGCAGGUAAUCAAAUACAGGAAUGAGAAAAUUUCACAGUGGUUAAGACCAUGAAGAAAACAAAAUAGGAUGAUGUGCUAGAAAGUGACUGUGGGGUUACUUCGAUUGUCUGAAGAGGUGACAUUUGAGCUGGGAACCAAAUGAUGAGGAGGUAAUUUGCAUAGCAAGAACUGGAAUAUAGCCUGUAGGCUUUAAGGCAAGAGUGGGGUUGGAGCUUUGCACAUUCAAGUACAGAAGGAAGGCCAGUCUGGCUGGAGCGUAGUGUGUGUGGUAGAGACAGAUACGGAGAGGCCAGAUCUUUUUGACCCUAAGGAGUUUAGAUUUUAUUUUAAGUGCAAUAGGAAGCCAACUGGAUACUCGUUGGAUGUUUGGGGUUACAUUCCUAUCCUGGGGGAUGAUUUCCGGGACAGCAGCUUUCCUACCUCAGCUCCCUAGCCCUAGUAAAGCCACUCAAUGGAUUUGACUUUUCUAAAAGGUCUAGUUAUACUCAGAAUCCCCUCUUACUAUUCAUCAAAACACCUACAAUAUUUUGGGCUGAGAUGUUGAUAGCAUUUCUAGGAAUCUCUCCUUAAAAAACAAUUCUAAAGAGAAUGAGGAUUAACUCAACAUUUUAGUAAAAGUGAUCGGGUUAGGCACCCACCUGGCCAGCCUCUCAAAGCCUCUCCUGUAAUGUUAGAAGGGAGGACUAUAAAGAGUCUGGAACAUGACUGUGCAGUGGGCGGAAUGUGGAAGGCAGCAGAGGGGCUCCUAGGUAACGGAAAGGGGUCCAUGAAAGAAGAAGGAUGCUGGGAAAGGGGACAUGGGAAAGCCUCUAAGACAACAUCAGCCAAUUCAAGAUUUUGCCAAGAGGAGCAGAAGCCUGAUGUGAGAGUGUUCCAAGGAAACACUAUAGUUCAAGCACAAAGGCAGUUCAAAUCAGGCACAUUUAUGCUCUUGACUGAUCUACUUGUGAAGUAUUUAUGGCAAUAAAAGCAUACCGGUUUUUAAAAGAUCUGUUUGAUUUUACUUAAUCUUUAUUAGGUUGUUCGUAUGGAUUACAGAGCUCACAGAUGAAAAUAGCAAGAAAAAAUUAAGAGAAAAACUGCCAUAUUUUGGAGGUAGCUGCUUGACAGCUAGUUAGCAAGGAAAUUGUGCUCUUGGGGGUCUCAGACCUUACUGUAGAGAUUUUGGCAGCAAGGAAGUGGGGUCUGUUGGAUGACUUUCUGCCCCCUAAGCAUUUGUGACUAGAAAGUGCCAUGAUAUUUAGGGACGAUACAUAUAAUAAUCAUUUUAAAGCUCUCCACUGCCUUCUCUCACCUCCAAACCUGCUUCUUUGCCAAGGAUUAAUAACGAAAAAGAGACUGAGAACUUUUGUAGCCUCAUGGCUUUCUUGAGUACCCUCCCCUCUUUCUUUGUACUCCAAGUGUCUCUGUUGAGGCUGGCAAGGUUGGUAAUACCUCAGAGAAUAUGUGACUAGGAAUGGAUCUGGCCUUUAGUGAUACUGUGACACAAUGUGUUUAUGACAUCAGCUUUUUUUCAUGGUAUUGAGAGUCAUAGUAUGUUACAAUUAGAAGGAAUGCUCAGUGUUUAUAGUGUUAUUGGAGGAAUGAUAUAGUAAGAGACGCCUUUCUAAGCAACUCAGUUUUGCUGCGUUCAGGCCUCCUUCUGAAGAGACAGCUUCUUAUCUUAAUGAGUCGCCAAGCGGGUUCUUCAUGGUCGUCCUGGACGCUGGGCAAGUCUGGUGCUAGUACCAUAGAAGAGCCACCAGGCAGUGACUUAGAGGACGAGAACUUUGGUUCUCCAAGGACAUUUGAUCCAGAUUUCAAGGGCCCUGUUGCCGACAGGAGUUGUACAGAUGUUCUGUGCUGCAUAAUCUUCAUACUGUUCAUUAUUGGCUACAUUCUUUUAGGACUUAUGGCCUGGGUACAUGGCGACCCCAGGAGAGUGGCCUAUCCUACAGACAGCAACGGCCACUUUUGUGGCCAGAAGGGCACCCCCAAUGAGAACAAGACCAUUUUGUUUUACUUUAACCUGUUCAGCUGUACCAGUCCCUCCUUGCUGGUAAACCUACAGUGCCCUACCACACAGAUCUGCGUCUCCAAGUGCCCAGAAAAGUUUUUAACCUACAUGGAAAUGUACUUUAUGUACAGAACCCGUGAAAACUACUGGUCAUACUACAGUCAGUUCUGCAAGGCAGCUUCUGCUAAGCCCGUGAAGGCUUUCACGCAACUUCUGCUGGAUGAUGAUUGUCCAACAGCGAUUUUUCCAAGCAGACCCUUUCUCCAGAGAUGUUUCCCUGACUUCUCUACUAAAAAUGGACUUCUAACAAUAGGAAAUAAGACAACAUUCAACGAUGGAAGUGGAAAGACAAGAAAUGUUGUAGAACUCAGGGCAGCUGCAAAUGGUGUCAACAAAAUCCUUGAUGCAAGGGCAAUUGGAAUGAAAGUGUUUGAAGACUAUGCAACAACUUGGUAUUGGAUUCUCAUUGGCCUGACUAUCGCCAUGCUCCUCAGUUGGAUGUUUGUGAUACUCCUGAGGGUCACAGCUGGAUUCCUCUUCUGGGUCUUCAUAUUGGGUGUGAUUGGAAUUCUAGCUUAUGGAAUAUGGCACUGUUACCAGGAAUACAGCAAACUUCAGGGAAAGCCAAAUUCUCACUUAAGUAUAUAUAACAUCGGGAUUCAGACUGAUAUAAGCAUGUACUUUCAACUGAAACAAACAUGGUUCACGUUUAUGAUAAUACUCGCCAUCCUUGAAGUGAUUGUCAUUGUCAUGCUGAUCUUCCUCAGGGACCGAAUCCGCGUCUCCAUUGCCCUGCUGAAGGAAGGGAGCAAAGCCAUUGGAUACAUUCCCAGUACAUUAAUCUACCCGGUUUUAACUUUCAUUUUCCUCUCAAUCUGCAUUUCCUACUGGGCGGUGACAGCAGUUUACUUGGCCACGUCAGGGACACCCAUAUACAAAGUGAUAGCCCCAGAGGGGCAAUGUGAACAUGAAAAUAAAACCUGUGACCCAGAGAUUUUUAAUACAACCGAAAUUGCCAAAGCUUGCCCUGGGGCUCACUGUAACUUUGCUUUCUAUGGUGGAAAGAGCCUAUACCAUCAAUACAUCACUACCUUUCAGAUAGUCAAUCUAUUUAUCUUUCUCUGGCUUAUAAACUUCGUCAUUGCAUUGGGUCAGUGUACCCUUGCUGGUGCCUUUGCUUCUUAUUACUGGGCCUUGAAAAAACCUGAUGACAUCCCACCGCAUCCACUUUUUACUGCAUUUGGACGAGCCAUACGAUAUCACACAGGAUCCCUAGCAUUUGGAUCUUUAAUUCUUGCAACAAUUCAAAUGGUUAGAUUGGUCCUGCAAUACUUGGACAACCGUCUGAAAGAUGCCCAGAGCAACAUUUCUAGAUUCCUACAAUGCUGCCUGAAAUGCUGUUUCUGGUGUUUGGAACAUGUGGUGAAGUUUUUGAACAGACAUGCCUAUGUUAUGAUUGCAAUAUAUGGCCAAAACUUCUGCAGGUCAGCGAGAGAUGCUUUCAAUCUGCUGAUGAGAAAUGUUUUAAAAGUUGCAGUUAUGGAUAGAGUUACAGAGUUUGUACUAACUCUGGGGAAAAUUUUAGUUGCUGGAUGUAUAGGUAUCUUGGCCUUCUUACUCUUCACAGAAAGAAUCCCAAUGAUUGUAGAAGGACCAACAUCUUUAAAUUACUACUGGGUACCUUUGCUGACGGUCAUUAUUGGAUCUUACCUAAUUGCACAUGGGUUCUUCAGCGUCUAUGCAAUGUGUAUUGAUACAAUUUUCAUCUGCUUCUGUGAAGAUCUGGAAAGAAAUGAUGGAUCUGCAGAAAAACCCUACUUCAUAGCCCCUACCCUGCACGGAAUUCUGAACAAGAAGCAACUAGUUCCCCAGAAGCAGAAAGAGUAGAAAAGCUCCAAACAGUGCCACUCAUUUUUAAGUAGAUGUUUUAUAAAUUAGGUCACUUGUAAUAUGAAAAUGAUGCUUUUGAGUAAUGUGAAAUUUCUCUGCUUAUUCCUAAAAAGCCAGAACGUGGUACCAUCUAAGGUGUGGGGCAUUGAUGACAGGAGCCUCUGUGAACUAGGAUGCUUGAUAGACUGUGGUCCCAGCUGGAGAGCAAGGUGUAAACGUCAAACGUUUUUUUAAAGUCUAUAGCCGAAAGUGUUUUAAAAGCUUUUAUAACUGGUUGUGCUGUUUCCCUUUGCAGCACUUUAUAGCCUUUCUUUUUAUAAAUGUAUAUUUGUAAAGGAUAUUCAGGCAACUUUUGAAAGCACUCUAAAUGUAUGAUCGAUUAGCCAUAAAAAGAUUGAUUCAUAGUUAACCAGCAUAUGGUACUAAAUUUGUAAAUAUGGUGCUAUGGUUAUAUUCAUACUGUUCAAGCUAGUGGAAAACGCUCUAAACUGUGAUUAGACUUGUAUUAAUGGUUCCUUAGGAAGUAUAUUUCAGUAAAUGAUUCAAGUUCAUAAUAAACAUGUAGAUGUUAAUGGUAUACAGGUUCCAUAGAGAGCGUUACGAGGUAAAAAUGACUGUGGAACCUUCAUAGCCCACUUAGUUUUAGUGAAAUUAUAUUUCUAAUAAAGUCGAAUCAGAGUUCUGGAAUCAUUUCUAAUAAUAUGAACAUCUGGCCACCACGAAAAUACUCUGAACGAAAUUGAAAUGGCCAUACUCAUGCCUUUUCUCUGUAACCCGAAUACAGACAAAUUCCUGUUCUCCCGUUCCCACCAUGUAGGAAAUAGGUAUGGAUUUGUUUCAGAAGAGUGAUUGUAUGUUUCAUGAGCAUACCUGUUUUUCUAGAUUAAAGAGAUUGUGUGGCUUUGUUCCACAACAGGUUUAUUUUUAGCUCAACUUUCAAUGAGGAAAGAGAAAGGAUAAGUAAGACAUUUCAAUGUUAACCUAAGGAAAUGGACUAUUAGCCCUCCGUAGGUACCUCAAUGGGUACCUUUACAAGGGACAUACUGUGGGUUAGGAAAUCUCUCCCUCAAGGCUUUAGGAGGAAAGUUAUUUUCAUUCUCCACCCCUGCUGGCCAGAGCCACAAGCCAGUUUUGGCAGCCAUGCCUUAAUCUUUUGCAUGGCAGAGCAAAGCAUGAAUCAGACCCUCACGCGCUUUGCCUCUCCAUCCCCUGUGGGCAAGUGCAUGUGAUAUGGCUAACAGUGUAAAAACGACCGCCAAGGGAGCACUGAAUCAAGUACUAUCCUUUUGGCUUUUACACCAAGCUUCUGUUUAAGGAUCAUUUAUGUAUUGACAGAAAGGAAUAUGUUGAUCUAACAUUUUGAUCUGAAUAUGAUCCAUGUCUCCAAGAAGAGGGUCAGAAAUACAUCAUUGCAUUACAAAUUAAUAUAAAUACUAAUUUAUUUAAUAAUCCUUAAGUGUGAGAAUCUAGAUGUAGACUGACUCCGUGGCAGCUUAAUAGCAAGAAGCCAAUGAAUAGGGAAGAUUUGUCAAAAUGUUGGUCCUUAGAAUGGCCACCAUCUUGUUCGUGGCUUACUUUCUUGAGAUUACUGUAGUCAAAAGUAUCACUAGGGUUCACAUCUUGGCAAAGGGCCUUCUUCACUCUCAUUCUCCUUGAAGUAUAAUUCAGUGAAGAGUGGUAACCUAUCUUUCUACAUGGUUAUUAUUAUUAUUUUAUUAUUCAAUGAUACAGGGGUCACAACAAAGAUCUAGUAAAAUAGUUACCUCUAUCUGAAUUGUUGAAAACUUAUGAGGAAUAAGUCCCCUUAAGAGUAGUCGAAAAGUUUGUAAGGAUGAAACAAAAUUUUUAAUUUUUUUUGUAUGUAUCAGAAUCUCUCUGAGAACUUGUUAUAAAUAUAGAUGACUCUCCCUUCCCCCGCCAAGACAUUCUGAUAUGUUGUGUUUGGGUGUGGGGCAACUUGUGAAUUGUUUUAAAGUUCUCUAGCUGAUUCUGAUACACAUGAAAGUUGGAAAAUUACUUGAAUAAAACAUAAAUCGACAUGUGAGAAACUAGUUGCCUGUUCUUUUCCUUCCAUUCUUGGCUGUGUUAGUAGUUAGAAAAUUGAGAAAGACAAAAGAGAUUAAUUUGGAGACUUCUAACCAUCAUAACUUCUUCUGUAUUUUAGAUUUUUGGUACUAGAUGGGGCCCAUGUGUUAAAUGUUUAAUAUUAUAUCUGCUGGUUAGACCAGAAAAUUCUCUAGAGUAAAAGUGUUCACUGAACCGUAUGGAGGUACAUUCUAAACUUGGCUAUAUAUUAAGGAUAUAACCCUUGGGUGCAAAAUCAUAGGAAAAGGAAUGCCAUUUGGUUCAAUAUUUCUUAAUGAUUUCUUUAGCACUUAAUGGAAGAAUCUCUAAAUAUAGAAGUUUUAACUAUAUUACGAGCUUAUUUCUAGUCAAAAAAAUAUUCUCCAUUAACUACUUCUUUGUGUAACUGAAAUAUAGAGUAAAAAUUAGGUCAAGUUAUUUUUGAGAAAAAUAAUUUGGAAGCCAUUUUCAUACAAAGCAAUUAAAGUAACAACUGUGAAAAAGAGCAAUAUUUCUCAAAAUUUUCGGUUUAAAGAUUUGAAAUCUACAAUAGUACGAAUCUUAUUUUUUAAAACUAUACUCUCUAAAUUGUGGAUGGCAAAACAAAAGCAAUUUUGAACGAAUAUGGUAAUUUAGAAAGUAAAUUGAGAGCCUAGUACUUUUUAGGAAUUUGAAGGUAAAUUUAGAAAUUCCUGAUGAAUCUUUGGGUUUUUUUGGUAAUUGUUUGCUAUCCAAAAGAAGAUAAAAGUUAUUUCCUCAAGAGGCAUGCAGUAUGGGCAGAAUCUGACCUGCUACACAGAAUGAGAGACUAUCUUACUGACAUAAUAACAAGGGCUGAUUGUUUUCUCAUAGUUAUGUUUACAAUAACGUUCAUGCCAAACGAUGCUGUUUGUUAAAAAAAAAACAUUUUGACCUGCUGUGAAGCAAAUGGGCAGCAGAUGGCGAUGUUACUUCUCUUACAGUUUUGCUGUGAUAUUUACUCUGUGCCAUUCUUCCUCCUAGUGGAAGAUUUAGAAAGAAAUGAUGGUUCUACUGCAAGACCCUAUUACAUGAGUCAAUCUCUGCUGAAGAUUAUGAGCAAGCAAAGUUCACAAACUAAGAAGCAGUAGAAGUGCAAACUCUGGUCAUCCUGUAGCGGUGUGUUACCUCUUCCUCAUCUGCUGUGUCUGUGCAACACUCGUCUCAUAAGUGCUUUGUGUUUGCAAUACUGUAUUCAUGACCUUGUUGGCUUUUAUUUGCAUGUUUUAUACCAAAGCUUACACUGUAAUAUGUGAAGCCAUCAGAAGUCGCAAGGGAAUUGUUAAUAACAUGGAACAUUUUUAUACUAAGAGCUUUUGUUUUGUAGUUCAUUUUUAAGUCUAGUGGCUUGGAUGUUUUGAAAAUACUAGUGAAUAUGUUAAUAUUCUUUUAAAUAUUAGAUUGAAAAAUGAUACCUUAUUUAAAUUGAUAGCUCCUAAGUAAUAUGUUUUUUAAAUUACAACUAAAAGACUUCUGCGGGGAAAAUUGGUAAACAACAUGAAAGAGAAAAUUUUAAGGUUUUCCCCACUGCUGUUUGACCAUAAAUUGGUAAAAGGACGGUCCCAGUCCGGAUUUUGCUCUAAGUACAGAAUGUUUCCUAUUAAACGAAUUGCCAACCAUCCAGCCUUUACUACUUCAUCCUCUCUGACAAAGUGCCUUACUGGCUGUUUAAUAUUACCCAGCUUUUGCGGGCAAGUUUACAAACAUUAAAAAGAAAAAACAACCUGUAAUGUUUAGUGAUUAAAAUAAGUCUUCUUGUAUUUGCUUUCUUCUUAGUGCACUGGUUGGAAAUAUUUGUCGUUCCAGUAUGUCUGAUAUCCUCACUAAAUAGAGUACAUUUUGCAGCAUCAACAAUUUCCCUUGCGCCUAGUGAACAUUCUUGAAUGUGUACUACACGCAAGAAAAAAAAAAUCUGAAAGGACAUUUGUUGGGUUUGUUUUUUUACUAAAAGCAAGAAGUUUAAAAAUGUAAUCUUUUCUAUAGCAGAUCUUUGAAAAUACAAUAGGUGUGCAACUACAUUUUUCAAUGUUUUACACAGCUUCGAAAGGGAAACCGAGAAAUUACAAAGGGAAACUACCCCUAGCAAGGGUGCUCCUACAUGUCAUGUACUGAAUUGCUCCAUUUUAAAUGAUCGUUUCUUAUUAUCAAGGAGUGUUCUAUGUAUGUUAUUUCAUUUUCUAACUUUUGAUAUGAAAUAAUCAGUUUACUUAUAUUGAUUUUUAUUGUGCUAAUAUACACAGGAACAUAAUUUCUAAUUCAACUUUCAAUAAUUUUACUAAUACUAUUAACUUUAAAGAAAAUGAAUUCAGUUUGAUACUCCGUGUUAUAGAAAGAGUCUAUAAAGCAUUCACCCUAAGGGAAUGUCAAUCAUAUAUGAUAAUUUGUGAAAGCUUUGAGAAUCAACAGUAAGUUACUAUCAGUUUAUCUAUUAUCACAUUUGUUUAAAUGUGACUUUAGAUAUUCUUUUAUGCCAAAAACACUCACAUGAGCACAUGACAGUCUGAGCUCUAUAAUCAGUGUGCUUCUGCUGUGCAGAAAUAUUAGGAACAUAUUGUCUAAGUAUCUUUGAUAACUGAAAUGUUUAAUAUUUAAUGAAAUUUGUUGUUACUCAUUGUUUUAAAUCUAUUUGUUUCUUCUUCUAAUAAAGAUUUAGAUAAGAAAAAA